AUGAAGAAAGCUGUUGCAGACAUUCUGAGCACAGAGACAAUUCCGACACUGCGGUGUCGUAAAAUAUCACAACUUCCAAAAGAAAUUGACAGCAUCGAUGAGUUGAGAUUGUUCCAGUGCUUUUCGCGGGAGGAGGAUGUGAUGGUGAGAGACGAAUUUGUUGAGUACUUCAAAACUGCAUGCAGUCCCAGACUUCUCCAACUUGUUGAAAAAACAAUUGGGCUCGGCGUGGAGUCUGAGAAUGUUUUUAUGUUGUACGUUGUUUUCGUGCGCAAUUGUCUUGAAUGCGUUUCACAGGAGAACAUAGACGUUGUUAACACUUUGUGUGCUGGGUUGUGCCGCCACAUCGACUCAACACGACUCCAAACACUUUGUGCUGACUGCUUUGACUUUGUCGCGUCACACAAUCUACACGAACUGACUGAUGUUUCUCUUUUCGUUCGCCUCUCGCGUCUGUGUUUCGCCUCAUUUUUAUCGACACUGAAAUGUGAAAUGCUUACUCUCAUUGCCAAGCUCAUCGAUGUGACGAGUGCUGCAGUUUUUGCGGAUUUUCCUCUGGUUUUGACAUCGAAUGGUCUUGAUGUGUCUCUUUUAAUUCAGAGUUCUGUCCUUUCAGAGCACUGCAGCCACAAUGCCU